GCCUACAAUAAGGCUUCCUCCGCAACAUUGCAAUCGAAUUGCGCCGACCCUCAACCCUCUCUACUCUGGGCACGAUGCAGCGAGCAACCUACGGACGCUCCCCUCCCCUCCAUCACCCCGUCCCGCAACAUGUCUCGACUGUUCCGCAACUCCGAUCCCCACCUCCACCGACAUCACAACCCAUUGCUGGCUAUGAUGGAAGCCCAUAUCCGCAGCAACAACCUCAGCCGCCGCUGCCGGGGGCCAACAUGUUCGGACAGUACGGCAACUUCAUAAACGACCCAGCGGCUCAGUUAGCAUCGCAGUUCGGCCAGACGGCAUUCAGACAAGGGCAGGAGUACAUUGAACAAAAUGUAAACCGCUUCGUCAACGUCUCGGCGCUCAAGCACUACUUCGUCGUGACCAACUCAUACGUAAUAAACAAGCUCUUUCUCGUGCUAUUCCCCUGGCGGCACAAACCGUGGACAAGGCGACAAGCCGCGGGACCCUCGGGCCAGGAGGCCUGGUACCUCCCGCCGCGCGACGACAUCAACAGCCCAGACAUGUACAUCCCCGUCAUGUCCCUCGUCACCUACAUCUUCCUGCAGGCGCUCAUUUCCGGACUCAAGGGCCAGUUCCAGCCGGAGCUGUUUGGGUACAUCGCGACGACGGCUCUGGUGGCGGUGGUGGUGGAGAUCUUGGGCCUGAAGCUGGGAUGUUACCUCCUGAGCGUCUCGAACGAGUCGCAGCUGCUGGACCUGGUCGCCUACUCGGGCUACAAGUUUGUGGGGGUUAUUGUGACGAUCAGCAUCGCUGAAAUCGUCAACGGCGGGAAAGGAACUGGCGGGUGGAUUGGGUGGACGGUGUUUAUCUACACCUUCCUGGCCAACUCACUCUUUCUGAUGCGCUCUCUGAAAUAUGUCCUCCUGCCAGAAAACAACAGCGACAGCAGAGGCCCAAUGCAGACGAUGCACCCGCUCGAUUCGCGGACAAAGAGGAACCAGCGCACCCAGUUUCUGUUUUUCUACGCUUAUAUCGUCCAGCUCUUCUUCAUGUGGAUCCUCUGCCGGUCAUGAAGCGGCUGGUUGGAUCUAGUGUACGGGAGAUACGCAUCGGACCGUAGGGAUAGGAGUUAGAGGAUGAGGAAUGCGGACUGUACAAGAGGCGACAUGAAGCGUACUCUACGUUGGCCAUCGACUCGUGGACAGAUGCAGCACUUGUCAGUCACUGAUGUGGAUAGC